AGAGAUUCAAGUUUUGUUGAUGUUGAUGAAAUACUUUUUCUCUCUGAAAUCUAAAGCGUGAUGUCAACCAACGGUGGUAUGAUUGCACUUCUUUCCGUAUCCAACAAACAAGGUUUAAUUGAAUUCGGAAGAAGUCUACGGAGUCUGGGAUUCACCUUAGUUGGUAGCGGCGGCACUGCCGCUAGUUUACGGAAUGCAGGCCUGCCAGUCAAAGAUGUUUCAGAACUAUCCGGGGCACCAGAAAUUUUAGGAGGCAGAGUGAAAACUUUACAUCCUGCAGUACAUGGUGGUAUACUAGCUAGAUUGCAGGAAUCAGAUCAACAAGAUUUGAGGAAUCAAAACAUAGAAAUGAUAAGGAUUGUAGUUUGUAACUUAUAUCCAUUUGUAGAGACGGUAGCAAAGGAAAAUGUAACAAUCAGUGAUGCCAUUGAGAACAUUGAUAUUGGAGGAGUAACUCUUUUAAGAGCAGCAGCUAAAAAUUAUUCAAGGGUUACAGUCAUUGUUGACCCUUCAGAUUACCUAAGAGUUUUGGAAGAGCUAAAUAAUGGUGUUGAUAAGGACACAAGUAUUGAAACUCGGCAAACUCUAGCUCUGAAAGCUUUCACCCAUACCUCAGAAUAUGAUUCAGCAAUUUCUGACUUUUACAGAAAACAAUUCUCAAAGGGAGUUUCACAGUUAACUUUGCGUUAUGGUAUGAACCCACACCAAAAACCAGCUCAACUGUAUACCACAUUACCAAACCUACCCUUACAAGUUCUAAAUGGUUCCCCUGGAUAUAUCAACUUGUGUGAUGCUCUGAACGGAUGGCAACUAGUUAAAGAACUGAAAAUUGCCUCAGGGCUGCCUGCAGCUACCAGCUUCAAACAUGUAUCUCCAGCUGGGGCUGCUAUAGGAGUACCUCUAGAUCAGAAUGAAGCAAAGCUCUGCAUGGUUCAUGAUCUUCUUGAAACACUUUCCCCUCUUGCCAUAGCCUAUGCUAGAGCAAGAGGAGCUGAUAGAAUGUCUUCUUUUGGAGACUUCAUAGCACUGUCAGACAUUUGUGAUCUUCCCACUGCAAGGAUAAUUUCUAGGGAAGUGUCUGAUGGUAUUAUUGCUCCUGGAUAUUCUCCAGAAGCACUUGAAGUCUUGAAGAAAAAGAAAAACGGGAAUUAUUGUAUUCUCCAAAUUGAUUCCAGUUAUGUUCCCAGUGCUAUGGAGAGCAAAGUAAUCUUUGGUUUGACUCUAGAGCAGCAGAGAAACAAUUCUAUUAUUGAUGAAUCUCUUUUUGGCAAUGUGGUCACCAAUAACAAAGACAUCCCUGCUUCUGGAAUAAGAGAUCUGAUCAUAGCAACUAUAGCUCUCAAAUACACUCAAAGUAAUUCAGUGUGUUAUGCUAAAAAUGGCCAAGUCAUAGGCAUAGGAGCAGGGCAACAAUCUAGAAUUCACUGUACAAGAUUAGCUGGUGAUAAGGCAGAUAACUGGUGGAUGAGGCAGCAUCCAAAGGUGGUCAACAUGAGGUUCAAGAAAGGAGUCAAGAGAGCAGAUAUAUCCAAUGCCAUAGAUAACUUUGUGAAUGGCUCUGUUGGAAAAGGCAUGGAGAGAUCUAUUUUUGAGUCUCUGUUUGAAGAAAUUCCAAUUGGAUUUAGUGAAACAGAGCGUAAAACUUGGUUGGAUCAGCUUUCUGGCGUUGCUUUGGGAUCUGACGCGUUUUUCCCAUUCAGAGACAAUAUUGACAGGGCAAAACUGAGUGGAGUUUCAUUUAUUGGUAGUCCUUCUGGGUCCACCAAUGAUGAGGAGAUAGUCAAAGCUUGCAAUGAACAUGGUAUUAUAUUAGCACACACGAAUUUACGUUUGUUUCACCACUGAUAUAAAAUAUUGGUGUCAUUAAAAUUUAUCUUGGU